AUGAAAAUAAUAAAAUAUACUUAUAAUAGCAUAUAUACAAUCUCCAAAUAUAAUUUCGUUUUAAAUAAUACAAUUCAAAGCAUUCUUCUGAAAAAUAUAAAAAAUGUGAAUACUGUUCGAAAGGGCAGGCAGUUUUAUGGAACAGGUAUUUCACAAAAAAAGGAUGAUGAAAUAAGUUGUAAAUAUUACAAUGAUAAUAUUAAAGCCAUAUUACCAAACAAAGAUUCUCCAAACAAUUAUAAAGACAUUAAGGUUAUAGAAAAUGAAAAAGAGGGGGAAGAAGCAGCUGAAGAAAUAAACUGUAAUGACAUUAUUGCAGUAGAUUUCGAAGGAACGAAUUUAGGGCGGUAUGGUAAAGUAUGCUUAAUGCAGAUAUAUACAGAAAUUGAAAAGAAAGAUAAAGUGUUUGAGAAAUAUUAUAUAUUCGAUUUAUUAAACAAGUCUGUAAUAAAUAGUGUAAAAAAGAUAAUUGAAAAUAAAAAAACAUUGAAAGUGAUUCAUGAUUGUAGAGAAGAUAGUUCUGCUUUAUAUAACCAGUUAGAUAUAAAGUUUGAAAAUGUUUAUGAUACGUUAAGAGCACAUAUGCUUUUAUUGGAAAAAAAAAAAGAAAAUGAUAUAUAUCAAGUAAGUUUUUUAAACCUUUUACAUGAUUAUUUAGGGGUUAAAGAUGAUUGUUUAAAUAAUAUAAAAAAAGAAAUGUAUAAAAAUGAUAAAAUAUGGGAAAUAAGACCAUUAAGUAAAAUUUCCAUUAUUUAUGCUUUAAAAAAUGUUAAAUACUUACUACCUAUUUACAAAAUAUUUGACAAAUUAAUAUCUAAGAAAGAAGUAUUGGAAAAAUCACAAGAUUUUGUAAAUUAUUGUUUUCUUAAUUCUCGUUAUAAAUUGCCCGUGGAUUUAGCAAAAAGAGGGAAUAUAAUAGAAGCGAUGCUAGUAAGUAAAUCUAUCUUAAAUUGUGUUUUUAAAUUGAAUAGUACAAGAAAGGGAAUAGCUUGUACACCGUCAUCGGUUGCACAAUUUAAUAACGUAAAAGUGGGGGAUGUCGUAAUGUGUGUAGUCAGUAAUAAAUCGAUAGAUCAAAAAAUUUUAUAUCUAUGCAAACAUGAUGAUGUAUAUGAUUAUUGGAAUUUAAAAGAAAGACCUAGGGGUAAAUUCAAGCCAUCGAUUCAUGAGAAUGCUGUAGAUCCUAUGAUUGAAUUUUGUGACAAUGAAAAUUUAUCCUAA